AUGGCUGCUAGUUCGAAAGAAAAUUUAUUCAACUUACAACAGAUAAAUUUUAAAGAAGAGAAAUCUAAGACUGACUCGGAACCGAAAUGUUCGAAUAUUUUACAAUCUACUGACAAAUAUGAUCCAUUAUUAUUUUGUAGAACUUGUGCGAAUGUUGAUUCUUGUCUGGUACCAAUUUUUAAAGAAGAAGGAUUGGAUUAUAAUUUAAAUACAAAAAUUGAAAAAUAUUUACCCAUUAGAGUUUCUCAAAAUGAUGGUUUACCCAAUCAUUUAUGUUAUCAUUGUGCAUCUACAUUAAUCGCUUGGGAUGCUCUAAUAGUUGGUUGCGUUAAGGCUGAAAAAAAAUUAAAUUUAUUAAAAGACUCGAUUAGAGAUAAAUAUAGUGAAAAAGUAAAAUUUUUUAUUUUUUUUAAUUAUAAUUUUCUUAUAUGUGACAUAAUUGACAUUUAUUUACAAUUCUAG